AUGAGUGUUCAGCAAGCUGAGUCGCAAACUAAGCAUGCGGAAAUUGAAGUCGAAACUAAAACCACUGCUAAAAAUGACACUAAAACCCGUGCAGAGGACAAAGACAAAGAGGCUGUGGACCAUAGAUCUGGCUACCUCGACCGGUCAGAAAGUGCCCUACAUAAUUGGAAGGUCACAGAAGAAUCCAAGAUCAACUACUUAUUAAGCAAACCUCUAGCUUCAGUUGCAAGUGUAUUUAAACGUAAAAGUGCUGCAAUGUCCACUAACCAAAUAGAUAAUUUACAAAAGAAGAGCGAUGGAGAACUUAUCGUAGAGGAGUUUUCCGAACACGUGACGUCACUAAUGAACGAAGACAACUACUGGGGUUGUUUCUACGUUUUUCCCGAACUGUAUUCGGAUACGUUUUCCCCAGUAGUGAAAAUUCGCGAUGUGGAAGAUGUGCCCGAAUUAGUCGGCGGCGAACUUACGAGAGAUAUGAUCACUGCGUGUCUAACCUACCUCGCACGCACACCUAUACUGGGCGAUCUCGUUUAUAUCAAAUUGAACCUUUCGGGGAAGCAUCUCAUAAAAAUAGAUGUGUUGGAACAUUACAAAUUCUUGGUAUAUCUGGACUUGUCUUCCAACUUGCUGACGGAGCUGAAUGUCUUAUCGAACCUUCCAUACCUGCAGUUCCUGUCAGUAGCUUUCAACAGGCUUGGCACGAUCCUCGAAUAUAAAACUCCUCAAUGGUUUCUAACUGAAGUGCAUUAUAAAUACAACUCUGUGAAGAGAAUUAGAGAUUUGACCGAAUUCUGGUCGAUAACUGUCCUUGAUUUGUCGCAUAACAACAUCAAGUCUAUUACUGGACUGCAGAAUUUAAAGUACCUUCGAAGACUGGACCUGUCUUUUAAUCACAUACAGCGUCUUGAGAAUUUGAACCAUCUCCGCCUAUUAUGGCUUGAUGUAUCCUACAACAACAUAUCGAGCUGUGAAUUUGGACCCAAUGCAGGUCUCUGGACUCUCCUACACCUGGAAUAUCUAAACCUAAACGAGAACAAUCUGACUUCGAUGAAAAUGUUCUCGUAUUGUACGAGACUUCGCGAGCUCCAUCUACGCAACAACCGUCUGAGCGUGCUCCUAGAACUCGCAGUCUACAUGCGUCAGAUGCGCCGCCUCAUCGUGCUGGACCUUCGCGCCAACCCCAUCUGCGCCACGCCCGGCUACAAGAACGUCGUCAUCAACACCUUCUCCAUACUCCUGAGCUUGGACGCGGCUGAACUUGAUCCUAUUGAACAGCGUACAAUAAUGAUGGAUACUCGCCCUGACAUUUCAAUGCACGCCACUCGCAAGCUGCUACGGCUGAUCUACAUCCAACAGCUAUCUAAAGCCAAGGUUUCACCGUACAUCCCCCCUGCUGACACCGUAGACGUGCCCAUAGUGGUACUAGUGGGCCACGAGGGUGUCGGCAAAGGAGCGUUGGCGCGCCGUCUCGCCACCGAGUGCAGCGCAAACAUACAGCUCGCGCUACAACACACAACAGCUGAUUUCCACUUCUUGAACCACUACAAAGAAAUAACUAGAAGCAAGUUUGAUGAUAUGCUGCUUGCUGGAGACUUCCUUACUUACACUGAAAUGGAUGGACACUCAUACGGACUAAGUCGCGAAGAAGCCUUCAUAACUGAAGGAAAAGUGAAGAUUGUGUGCCUGGAUUUACCAUCGGCUUUGAUGCUCAAAUUACGUGGCUACCGCCCAUAUAUGAUCCUCACGACGUAUAUGGAUUCCCGAGCCCUGUCAAGGAUCCAAGAUCUUCGCAAAGCAUAUCGUGAUAUAUCUAACCGCGAACGCAUGUCACUAGAAACGCCCCUGGAACGCUCAACAUUACAAGUCCUUCUCUCCGGCCGGAUUAUAAUCACCGGCAUCAUCAAUGAAAUCUUACUGAGCUUACCAGAUGACAAGGAACAAAGCGAAUUCAUGAUAGAAUCCGAAUGUUCCCUCAUGAUGGAUAGUGAAGCUCGCAAAGCGAUAAAGGAUUAUGCAAAAGGAUACAACAUUCUAGCACUUCUGAAUUCAAGUACCACUUCACUAGAUGAUGCCAUGAAGGCUCCACAAGAGACCAUGGAAGAAAGGAGUCUUUACUCCCUGUUUAAAGAAUCUCAGGGAACUGCGGAAUAUACUAGCGACGUCAACGGCCAGAAUCAAGGCUCAUUUCAGGAACGGUCCAAAAAAGCAGCAGCAGCCAGUGCUCCGACGCGCUCAAAACAAGCAGACAAGCAUUCUAAGCAUUCCAGCAUUUCGCAUACAGAAGCUACACAGCGACUGAUGGUCACGGACAGCUCGAAAUCUUCGAACUCCAAGUCAGUGACAUUCACGUCACAAGAAGAGCACGCAGAAGGAGAACAAGUGGAACUCGUAGGACUAAUUGUUGAACCACCGCCUGUGGUGGAAAAAGAAACCAAAGAAACUGACAAAACGAUUCGAUCGAUCAGUACGCGAAUACCGUGGCAAACGAACGAGUGGCACGCUCGCCAUGGCUCCAACGUGAACAUGGAAGACUCGGACCUGUGGCUCGCGUUCCUGACGGAAGCUGGAUACUUGCAAGCCAGCGAUACCAACGCUCGUUCAUCUGAUACCACACAGCGGUUUUCAAAAAUAGAGGACGAUUCAAUUAUUCGUCAAAUAAAUGAUACGCAAUUGCUAUCAGACCCUAUUACCACUAGCUUAACAGAUCCCUAUGAGCAUAUACACAGAAAAUGUCCAGGAUUGUUCUGGGACACGGUCGCCAUGGAUAACGCAGAUGCAGCAUUUGUGAAAGUGCGUGGAAUUAUUCGGAAUAUAAUCAACUCUCAAAAAACUCUGAAGCCCAUGUUCGACAUUGACUUCGCUCAUUAUUCCGGCUAUCCCACAGUACAGAACAAACUGAACAAAAUUCGUAGCCAGAUAGCUCCUCAGCAACUGUUCUAUUAAAUUAUAAUAAAAUAUUUA